CUGAGAUCCCGCUUGUUGUGGCUUCUUAGCGCUUGGAUCGGAUACUGUUCAGUUCAUGACACAAUGCCGACACGCAACCGGCUCCAGGGCUGAGGUUAUGCUCUGGUAUAUGGUAGCCUGGAAAUUGGAACUGGAACCUGGGCAACGGUGAACGGAAUGGGUCCAAGAAAAGAAUGGAUUGAGGCGGUAAUUGCCACCCGGAUUUGGCGAGUGCUGUGGCUAGGGACAUCCUCUAGUGCCCAUCAUCUUUCCCAGGAUAGACCAUCUUUAUUUCCUCAUAUAAAUCUACCGCCUCCAUCUAUAACCACUGGACGGCGAGCUAAAUAUCCCCAAAUCAUUUCCUAACACCAUGGCCGGCUCACCAGAUCCAAAUGACUUUUCCCAGUAUUUCGCUUCCACUCCAGAGUUACAAACUGCAGAUACACCCCCAGGCCGACAGGAUCGACUUGGGGUUCCGGAAACUGUGCCUUCAAGGUCGACUUCGCCAACGCAGUACGAGUUUAUCACAACCACCGGCGAGGAGAGCGCAACGGCGAGCAAACAAAAGUUGAAAACAGUUCGAAGCCAUGUGAUGAAGAACUAUUUGCAGCAACAGAAAGGUCGAGGAUCGGGAGAACCUUCCCUCUCGCCGGCAGCUGAGAGAAGAAGAGGAAAGCAACGUGCGAGGUCGAGUCGGUCCACGUCUCGUGAGACGGAACGUGUGCCAAUCAGCCCGACGGCAGAAGGACGUUCGGUGACCGCUGAGGUUGGGUCCUUAUUCUCAGGCAUUUCCUCAUACACAGCCUUGAUAGGUGGUUUUGAGGGACAAACGAUAUCAGGUAAGUGAUACGCCCAGGAGGCCACUAUUCCUAUCCUGAGAAGAGUAGGUAUACACCAAGGGCAAUUGGCCUUUCCACUAGAGACAGGUUCGAGAGCCCCUACAUUUAACUAAUCGCCGCCGACUAAGCUAACACUGUGUGCUUUGGUAUAGGAAAUAAGCAGCCGUUCGCACUGGAUUUCGAGUGGGACUCUCCUCGAGAUGAGGUGUCAAAAUUUGCGGAGCAGUACGUGGCGUCUUUGAUCCAUGACAAGAGAGCUAGCCUUGUAGAACCGAGUUUUGAAACGCUGAAUUCCAAGGGCGAGACUGUGCGAAUGAUCAAGGA